AUGAUUAGAAAUCUCACGUCAGUUGCUAGAAAAGCUUUGACAGAAGUUCACAACCCAAAUUCUCUUACCACCAAUAAUAAACUGUUUGUUGCAGGUUUGUCAUGGUCAGUUGACGAGAAGUCCUUAAAAGAUGCUUUCAAUUCCUUUGGAGAUGUCACUGAAGUGAGGAUAUUGUAUGAUAAAGACAGUGGUAGAUCAAGAGGGUUUGGGUUUGUUAGUUUUUCUAAGCAAGACGAGGCUGUGUCUGCAAAAGAUGCAAUGGAUGGAAAGGCAUUGUUAGGUCGUCCAUUGAGAAUAAGCUAUGCGCUUGAAAAAGUUCGAGGCGGACCAGUCGUUGUCCCUCGCCUUCAAAAUGGAGGAGAUGGCGCCCCGCCUUCGAAAUGGAGGAGAUGA